AGAUGGCGCAACCUGCCAACCUACCCUUGAAUCGUGAUUAAUAACAAAGAGCUCACAAAUUUCCCAGGUUCCUUAACUUUUUUUGAUUAAGAUGUGAUUGUAUUGAAUCAUGAAUUCAGUACUGUUUCUAUUGAGUUUCUUCAUUUGUUCAUGCUUUAGCCUGGUGCCUAUUUUCAAGGGUGUGAAAUACAAUGAAAGUUUUACUGCUGAAGUUCAAAAAGAUGUCGAGUAUAUUUUGCAAUUUUCAGGGAAAUACCAAAACUAUCCAUUGAGGGUUACUAUAGAAAAUGUUACUGCUGAUACCAAAAAUCCACUGAUGAUUGUUGCAAGACAGCCAGAUCAAUUGCUAUCAUGGCAAAUACCCCUACAGGUAGAGAGUGAUUCAGGAAUAAAACUUUACAAUAAGACUAGUAGAACCUUAUGUAAAGACCUCUUCACAAAUGCUACAGAACUUUUGACAAGAAUUGAAGAAAAUCCAAUUAUAACUAUUGCAAGCUCAUCAUUGAAAAAUGUUACCUUCAGCAUUAAGGUCGACUACCAAGAAGAUUUUUUUGUUGAACUCUCCAAAAAUUAUGAAUUCACUAUAACUCCAAGUGAACCCAGAUAUUUUUUCUACAAUUUUUCUACUAAUAACACAAAUGAUGAGGAGUAUUCAAAUUACCACACAGUAAUUUUGGAAGUAGAGUCUAUAGAUGAAGUUUGUAUGACUGUAAGCAUACAAAAUGCAAGUUGUCCUGUGCUUGAUUUGAACCAAGAUAUAACAUUUCGAGGGUUCUAUGAAACAGUUAAUACAAAAGGAGGAAUAACAAUUCCUAAAUUCAAAUUCCCAUUGGGAUUCUAUGUUGUAUUCGUAGCCAAAGCAGAUGAUACAGACUGUACCGGAAAAGUAGGAGUUUCGGAGCCAGAUCGUCUCAAGAACAUUGUCUUCCGAAUCGAUCCUAGUAUUUCAUAUAAGGACUAUGUGAAUGCUGUCAUUCUGACUCUUAGCGGCAUUGCGUUAUUUUAUUUACUUUUUGGACUUGGAUUUACGUACUGCUCUUUCAGAGAUUUUAUUCCCAAGAAUAUGCAAUAUGCUAUAGAAUGUAAUCCAGAUUCUGUUACCACCACACCAUUAGCAGCAAGUUCAGCUGGGGACAAUGUAUCAUUCAAUGAAACUGAAUAUGAUAAUAUAUCAGAAGGUUCUUUGGAUAAACAAAACAGAUUAUACAAGUCUGAAUUGUAUUUGUGUGAUUUGGCAACAAAGGACCCAAGAGUCUUGAAAAGAAAAUCUUAUUUAUAUCUUUAUAAUGUGCUAACCGUAGCAGUAUUUUAUGGUUUGCCAGUGGUGCAACUGGUGAUUACUUAUCAAAGGGUUCUUAAUGAAACCGGAGAGCAGGAUUUGUGCUAUUACAACUUCCUUUGUGCCCACCCUUUGGGAGUAGUCAGUGACUUCAAUCAUGUCUUCUCCAAUAGUGGAUAUGUCUUUUUAGGAAUUUUAUUUCUUUGGAUAACAUACAGAAGAGCCAUUUUACAUGCUGACCUUGACUUUGACAGGCAAUUCGGAAUUCCUCAACACUAUGGACUGUUUUAUUCCAUGGGGGUAGCUUUGAUUAUGGAGGGUGUUUUAUCAGGAAGCUAUCACAUAUGCCCUAAUCAUUCUAAUUUUCAAUUUGAUUCCAGUUUUAUGUAUGUAAUGGCUGUUCUUUGUAUGGUUAAAUUAUACCAAAACAGACAUCCUGACAUUAAUGCCACUGCAUAUACAACAUUUGGGGUUUUAGCGUUAGCAAUCUUGCUUGGAAUGCUUGGUAUAUUGGAAGGUAAUAUAUACUUCUGGAUUUUUUUCACUGUUCUCUAUUUAUCAACAUGUCUUUAUUUGAGUCUUCAAAUAUAUUACAUGGGUUGCUGGAAAUGCGAUACUGGUGCACCACGUAGAGUUUAUAUGGCUAUGGUCAGAGAUUUUCAAAGAGGGCCAUUAUACGUAAUAAAACCAGUACAUACAGCAAGAUUGGUUCUCCUUAUAAUUGGAAAUGUAUGCAAUUGGUCAUUAGCAUUCUGGGGACUUUAUGAUCAUCAGAAAGAUUUUGCCUUAUUUCUGUUAGCAGUUUUCAUGUCAAACACAUUACUUUAUUUCUUCUUUUAUAUUAUCAUGAAGCUUAUACAUAGAGAAAAACUGAAGUCCCUGACUUGGUUCUUUCUUUUCUGUUCUAUUACAUGUGCUUUAUCUGCUAUGUACUUCUUCUUACAUAAAAGUAUUUCUUGGGCUACCACACCUGCAGAAUCUAGGCAGUUUAAUCAAGAGUGUAAGCUAUUGAGAUUUUACGACUUUCAUGAUAUAUGGCACUUUUUGAGUGCUAUUGGAAUGUUCUUCACAUUCAUGGUACUCCUUACACUUGAUGAUGACCUCUCUCAUAAGGAUAGGUCUCAGAUUCCUGUCUUCUGAAGUCUUAUACCAUCAUAAUGUGAUAUUUUCAUGAUUUAGAACGAAGUUAUCAUUAUCAAAUAUGAGCUUUAGAUGUUUGAUUUUGAGAUUUGUGCUUUGUACAUAUGAUAUUAUUCAUUUUAAGUUUUUUAACAUUUACUUUAUAAGAUCUAAAAAUAUACCAAAAGCAGUACGACUUUCUGAAAAUGCUAGAUGUUAUUUACAGAUUGAAAAUUUUUCGAACUAAAUGUAAAGAUUAUGAUAUAUUCAUAAUCUUAGCAUAGGUGCUUUUUAUUUUCGUGAUUUGCAGUGUUAAUGUAACAAUAAAAAUUUGAUAAAAUAUA